GCCCCCUCCCCGUGACAGUGGGAACGAAUCAAAAUAAAUAAAUAAAAACAACACGGAAGUUAGGCACAACUCUAGUCAACACAAGAAAGGCCGAGACGGAAAAACGGAGAAGUCGUCUUCGGGAACCAGGCCUGCUAAGGAUGGAAGAUUGAAGUUGGAAGAGAGAAUGAAUCCGUUUUAAUUUAUGUAUUUAUUGUUCAUGUUCACUGACAUUUUAACGGCUUAUCUUCUACUACAAUGAGUGUCUCAUACAACCUAUGUAACCUCAUAGUGCUCUGCCUCAUAGCAGGCAGCAAUUUCAAACCCGCAUCCUCUUCUGCUCGAUGUGGUCAUGCCCCACAAAUACUGGACGGUAAGCAGGGGGAUAUCACAAGCUCGUCCUACCAUAACUGGUCCUACCGCUUCGGGUCCAUCUAUGACUGCUGGAUUAUCCAAGGGAACGAGGAUGAGCCCAUCAUUCUCAGCUUCUCCCAGUUCUCGACGCGCUGCAAGAAGGAAUGGGUGUCCCUGAAUUCGUCGUUGCCGGGCCGUGAGCCGGUGGUCCUCUGCGGCCCCACGUUGCCCGACCCCAUCGAGUUCCCCGGGGGUAACGUCACGGUGAUGCACCACUUCCUGCCCCACCUGUUUCCUGUGUCGUCCUUCCUGCUGAGCUACAGCAGAGACAGCGUCGAGUGCCCGCCGGCCUCCUUUGAGUGCGCCAGCGGCCGCUGCCUCCCCCUGUCCUGGCGCUGCAACGGCCGGGUGGAGUGUCUGGGGGAGGGGCUCGGCGCCGACGAGCGGGGCUGUGACGGGGAGGAGGAGGAGGAGGACGACGACGACGCCAAGCCCCUGCAGGGAGGAGGAGGAGGAGGAGGAGGAGCCGAGAGGAACGCCACCUCCACGCGGCGCCAGCCCCAGACGACGGUGGGCCUCGACGAGGAGGACCUGUGGUCCCAGCUGAUGGAGAAGGACGGCUACAGCCGGGAUGACUACCAGCCCUGGGCGGAGCCGAGGCCCGCCCCCCCGCCCUCCAGCAGGCAGCCCAACGCCACCCGGCCCCCCCCCUCGGCGGCGGAGGACUGGCCCUGCGGGGGGGUCCUGCAGACCUUCUACGGGACCUUUGCCCCGCCUUUCAACCGCGGGGCCUCGAUGGUGUGCGUCUGGACCGUGGACCCCCAGGACCCUCGGCCCUUGAAGCUGGACCUCCAGCAGCUGGAGCUGGGCCCCAGGGACAGGCUAGCCAUCUACAACCGCCAGGAGGGCUCCGGAGAGGUCAUCAAAAUCGUGACCAGCAGCUCCAACUACAAGUCUGUGCAGGUGGAGUCGCGGACGGGCCUGCUGUCGCUCUCCUACCACGCCGCGGCCGGCUCCCCGGGCCGCGGCUUCAACGCCACCUUCCGCGUGGGCGGCUACUGCCCGCCGUGGGAGCAGCGCUGCGGGGGCUCGGCGGGGGGGUGCUUCACCCGCGAGCAGCGCUGCGACGGCCGCUGGGACUGCCCCGAGACGGGGCGCGACGAGGCGGGCUGCCGGGGCUGCGGCCGCGAGCAGUUUGCGUGCGGGGGCGGAGCCGGGCAGCGGACGGCGGUGCCGGCGUCGGUGGCGGGUCGCAUGAUGGGGCGUCCCGUGUGCUACCCGGCCGUGGAGAGGUGCAACUACCAGCUGUACUGCGCCGACGGCAGCGACGAGAGGGACUGCACCGUGUGCCAGCCCGGGACCUUCCACUGCGACAGCGACCGGUGUGUGUUUGAGAGCUGGCGCUGCGACGGCCAGGUGGACUGCAAGGACGGCACGGACGAGCUCAACUGCACCGUAGUCCUGCCCCGCAAGGUCAUCACCGCGGCGACCGUGGGCAGCCUGGUGUGCGGCCUGCUGCUGGUCAUCGCCAUGGCGUGCACCUGCAAGCUCUACUCCCUCAGGACCCGCGAGUACAGCAUGUUCGCUCCAAUCAGCCGCCAGGAGGCGGAGCUCAUCCAGCAGCAGGCCCCGCCCUCCUACGGUCAGCUGAUCGCCCAGGGCGUCAUCCCGCCAGUGGAGGACUUCCCUACAGAGAACCCCAAUGAGGCCACCUCCCUCUCCCUGCGGGGGAUCCUCCAGCUGCUGCGGCAGGACACGGCCGCCUCCCCCCGCCGCCGCCGCCGCCCGCGCUUCGUCCGCCGCGCCGUCCGUCGCCUGAGGAGGUGGGGCUUCCUCCCGCGCACCCCCUCCAGGCCCGCCCACGCCGCCGGCUCCGCCUCCUCCGGUCAGCCGGGCCAGGCGGACGGCUCCUCCUCCUCCGCCGCCGGGGCCCCUCCCCCGGCGUCGACCACCGGCGUCUCCCUGGCGGUGGAGGCCGUCAACCAGCCCGUGCCGCACAAGCUGGGCCUGUUGGCGCAGGCCACGCCCACUUCCCCUGCCCAGGCCGACUCCCCGAUGUUCUCCGCCCCGUCCCCGCCGCCCCCUCCCUACGCCCCCCCGGCGCCCGACGCGGAGGCCCCCCGCACGCCCCCCCACGGCGGCCAAGGCCCCGCCCCCGCCCCCGCGCCCAGCAGCCCCUCCCUGGCCUCCAUCUUCCAGUCGCUGGGCCAGAGGAUCUCGCUGUUCAGGCCCUCCCCGUCCUUCUCCUCGUCCUUCUCCUCGUCCAACUCCAUGCCUCUGUCGGCGUCGCCCUCCUUCUCCACCACCUCCUGCUCCUCCUCCUCCACCUCGGACGACGAGGUGCUGCUGAUCCCGCUGGCGGAGGACGCCGUCUCCGAGGACGACGUGCCCAUGCUGACGUGAACCGGCGCCCCCUCCUGGUCACCUUGUUUUUAUUUUUAACUUUAUAAUCACGCUCACCUGACAAGCCACAAGCCAAUCAAAACCCAGCCAUUCCCUUCCCCCCACCGACCCCGCCCAACCCCGGGGUCUUCUACCACAGUAACGCCGGGACACCGGCCGCCCCGUUGAGUCUAUCUCUGUCUUCGUGUUUUUGGUUUCGAACUCAAGCGCAGGAUGCGGUGGCCACCAUGGGCAGGUCUAGUGCCUUUUUUAAAAAAAAAAGUUUUUAUUUUUAAAAUGGCUUUGUGCUAGAUUCAGCGACACAUGACUUCUUGUAUCCGGGGACUAAGUCAACCUUUUUUUUUUGUUUUAAUCUCUAAAGUAUUUGUGUGGGAUAGAGUUUGCCUGGCUGACGUGUGAGAGGGAGCCUGUGUGUCUUGAGUUCUGCUUCGAAUGAGCGCUUAACCACGCCGGGCUGUCUUUUUGUUUUUUAUUUUGAAGAAGGUUGAAUUUUUUUUUUUGCACAGAAUAAUAACGGACCCUAUUUGCUUGCUGUGGCUACUGUCAAAAUAAAUAUUAGUAGUCGUCAUUUUAGAAGACGCCAUACAUGGGUCUUUGUAUGACUAGUGAGGAAAUGCAUAUUUACAAACGCACGUGCAGUUUUGUGUUUGGGGAGGAUAUCUGUAGUCGUGGAGUAUGUUCAUAGAAUCGCUCCUGCUUAUUUCCGCAUCACCUUGUAUCAUGCUUCUGGUCAGAAAUCAAACAAAAUCAAUAUUCCUUAAUUAAGUGCCUUUACCACAAACCUUUCCCCGGCAGCAAUCUGAGGGGACAACCGAAACAACGGGGCACGACAAACAAUCUGUGCGCCCACAGAAACAGGAGCACAAUAGACGUCGUACCCGCCACCACUCCACACAGCGCAAGGCCACGCCGGAAAAGAAAUCAACGCAUGUCUAUAUCGCUAUGGCUACUAGCAAUAAAAUGUUCCUGUUUUCUAGGUUCUGGCGGGCUGUUUCGCGUGCACCAUUGCGCACCGCGGUUCCGGUAGGAACCCUGCAAUCAAGAGCUUUUCUGUCAGAAUGUAUGCAUGUGGUUUUGGUCAGAGCUAGACUAGAAGUGUCAAAGGACUUCAGGAAGGUCUGGACAAAACGGCCGCCCGGUGACACCGAAGGUGUGGGAAGAGUGAACGAGCCGCUACUUGAAUUGUCGACCCAGAAGAAGAGACGAUCGCUUCCCGUCAUGUUUUGGAUUCUACAAUGACGACGAGUGAACCAACUUGUAAUGUGCCAUUUGUUCCUGGAAUCCAUUUUAAUUGUUUUCACCCCUCGUUUAAAUUUUUGGGCGAGUCGUCAGUUCUUAAAAUGUUGCUUUAAUGAAUGUAUCGGCCUCUGAGAGACGUACUAUUUGGACUGUUGUUUAAACUUGUAAUAUUGUAGGCCUAAGCCAGGACGUGAUGUUUAUGAAUCACUAGGGUCAAAUUCACUGUACAUAAGUAAAAUGUGGCUCAGAUUAAAAAUAUUUUGCACUUUUA